AUGAACACCACCGCACAACAUAUUCUCGAUAUUGAAGACGCUCUGGUGUCUGAUGAAAACCCUCCCCGGGAUAAUGGCACUUUAGAAUAUGAGCGCUGCGCCAGACUACACAAUUACCUGGCUGCAUAUGGCUGGAUGGCCCGCAACGGGAAAGAGGCGCCCGAACUUGAUCUUGAUGCGUUAGCUGCCGAAAAGCGAUUCUUCCAUGAAACAAACGAUGAGGUCGACGCUAUUCGGGAUCGUCUUGAUGCGCCGCUAAACAAGUUUCUGGAUUUGGUCUAUGAUCCCCAUCCAUUUUUUUUCUACUGGGUUAACGGUCUUGAAAUGAUGCUCAUCGACGAAUUCUUUGACGUUUAUAAUGAGAUGGAGGAUAAAGAGCGAUUUGUUGUGAUAUACGACCUUAUUUCGGAGCUGGGCUCGUAUUGUCUCGGUGUUGUUUAUGACCAGCAACUCAAUCGGGCCUUAUUCCCAAUGACUAUAGACAAUAUGGAUAAUGUAGAGCCUGUUAAAGAGCACGACGAAAUGUGGUCCCCCCUAGAGACUAUCUUUACUUACUGGAUCUAUAUGUUUCAGAUCGGCAAGGUUGUUCCUGGGCUUCCUUACAACGAACUACCUUCCUGUGAUCCUCUGAUGAGUAGAUCGCAAUUCGAUCUGUGGUCGUGGCUUCCUUACGGCGAUACUCAGAUUAAUAGCACUAUUGCUGCGAUAGAGCGCUACUUAGCUACAGUAGAAUGUCGAAUGCCUCCGGGCUCACUUCUGCCUAUAUCUGCACCACUAUUUACCAGUGUAGAGCUGGAUGCAGCCGCGGUACUACAAGACUGCUUCAUUCGCCUACUCUUAUUACAAGUUAAGACUCCGUGUUUUAAAUUCAUUGCAUCUGGACUCGAAGUUCCGUAUGACAAAGAGGCAUUUGCUAGAAACCAGGGGUUUACCAGCAUUUAUCGUGAAGAGGAUAGUGUGCUCGGAGUCCUAUUAUUUGCAGCUUUAAACCAGCUAGUGGAUUUCAACACUGAGAUCUGUAGGCUAUUCUCCAUCGCAUAUAAGGGUACGUGUAUGAGUAAUAGGGAACCUGUUCCUGCUGGGCUCUAUAGUGAGCCUGUGCGCCGGGGAAAUUAUGACAUGGAGAAGGCAUGUUUUCGUCUCGUGCUCCCAUUUGCAUUUCGUCCUGACUUUUGGAGAGAUGAAGAGGGGACUAGGAGGUUCAUUCACGCAACUCUUUCAGCAUAG